CGCUUCUUCCCCGGAUUUUCCUGCCGGCAUGGCUUGUUUCAUCAGUCAGCAUUUCUUCCUUUCUUGCCUGUCUCUUCUGAGGAAAUAAUCUCUCCUUCCCCUCUUUUCCCCGCUGCGAAGCAUGACGUCCCCAACCAAACUUCACCUUCCUCUGGCCUUCCGGAUCUUUACUCCGUAGCGAGGCCAUUCUCCAGCCCUCGGCUGAUGCUGGAUCACAUUUUCUCCAGGUGCUGGAAACGCCGACUACGCCGAUUUGUGGGGGUAAUGCCAGCACCUGAUCAUUACAAUUCCCGGACUCCCCGCGGACAAGGUCAUGAACCACUCCUUGCCGUCCCUUGAAUCCGGGGAUAGAGUGAUACGUGUUGAGAUCCAAUUUUGGUCCUCAAGUACGCGAGAGGCAAGAACAUGAUGACUCACGGGACCAACCCUUCUGCCAGUGGCCACUUUGUCAAGCUGAUCGGAGCGUUCCCCCUUCCCCCAGCUGAGGUGCAACAAUUAUCCAAGGAACAACCUCCGGGGCCCCGGACUAUCUCCUCUGUUGCCCUGAUGAUCAUGAACAAUCCUAGCCAAUCGAGACUCCUUCAAUCACCGUUUUUCGAGGGAUUCUGCAUGGUUGGAUAUUUCUUAUUUGCUGCUUUCACUUUCGUUUAUUGGGGUCUUCUGGCAAUACAAGGUGCCUAACAGUCGAGUCUCGGUUGGGUUUCGAUCUCAAUAGAGGAUCUCAUUGCAAGAGCAAGGAAUCGGGGGUCAUUUGAGCUUUCUUCCUUCGUCAGAGUGACUGUGGCUCGCUUCUCUGAGACCCCGAGAGUUACGACCUUGUUGUAGACAUAGAUAGUGGCACCAACUGUGAGUCAACUCUACCAAUUACUGAUGUCUAUAUUGGCAGCCUGCGAGACUGAAAUUUGGUCGGCAAGUCAAUUCAUCAUCUAUUCGGUGUAUGAAUUUCGCCAGAUAGGCUUCACAUACUCGACUGGGAUCCAGCUGGUCUGGCCCCCGUCGUUCUACUGGGAAAGCCAACGCGCAGCGGGUAUGAAUAUAUAUACCACGACGG